AUGGUGUCCCCGUUCCUGUCGCCAGGGUUGGUGUCGAAAGAGCACGACCUGGCAUCCUUGCAUCUCCGACGUGACCAGUCACUACCAGUUGUUCUGUCGACAGAAGUGACCAGCGCCGAACAUGUAGGGUAUGCGGAAGGCGUGGUCACAAACACCCGUUUCGGAUCGUUCCCCCAUACCACCAUGAUCGGGGUGCCGUGGGGCAGUCAGAUCCGCGCGAGCAAGGUGGACACCGGGUCUCGAGGGCGCAAAGAAGCGAUCAAUGCAAAGAAGCGGAAGGCGGAGGUGCUGGAGCAGAGUCAGACGAACAGCCAGAACGGGGAGUCUGUGGUGGCUGUCGAGGCGGCGAGUUCGGGCUUCGUUCAUUUACUGCCCCCCACGCCGGAGAAUUGGACGAUUUCUCUGCCGCAUCGAACCCAGGUCGUCUACACGCCAGACUACGCCUACAUUUUGCACCGGAUCCGGGCGCGGCCGGGGUCCAGGCUGAUUGAGGCCGGGAGUGGCAGUGGCAGCUUCACCCAUGCUGCAGCUCGAGCCGUGUUCAAUGGGUACCCGACCGCUUCUGAUUCAGGAAGUGAGCAGCAAGGCACAGCCGCCGGCGAUGUCGAGUCUUUGGGCAAAGUUUUCUCCUACGAGUUCCACGCCGAGCGGCACAAGAAAGUCAAAGCAGAAAUGGUGGAGCACGGGUUGGAUGGCGUCGUCCACACGAUGCAUCGCGACGUCUACGCAGAUGGACUCCUGGUCUACAAAGACGAGAGCGAGGAGAAGACCUCUCCCGAGGCGAACGCGAUAUUCUUGGAUCUUCCCGCGCCAUGGGAGGCUCUACCGCAUCUGACGCGCGACCGUCGGGACGGUACGCCGUCUGCACUCGACCCCAACUCUGCUGUGCAUAUCUGCACCUUCAGUCCGUGCAUCGAACAGGUCCAAAAGACCGUGUCGGCGCUCCGGCAACAUGACUGGCUUGACAUCGAGAUGGUCGAGGUCCAACACAAGCGGAUCGAGGUGCGCCGCGAGUACACGGGUCUCGCAUACGAGGGCAUGCGCGGUGUGAACCCGUAUGCCGUAGAUGUGGAGGAAGCCCUGGCCAAGUUGCGCGAGGUCGAACGGCGCGCAAGGGACUUCCAUGCCGGCAGCCUUGCCGACCGCAAACCGGCGAACGGUGGACAACAGCACGGAGGUGGCAAGCUGCCGUUCGACGGCGGCAAGCUCGUGCAUAGAACAGAGCCCGAAAUCAAGACCCAUACCUCGUAUCUGGUCUUCGCCGUCCUGCCUAGAGCGUGGUCCGAAGAGGACGAGGCUGCGGCGCAGGCCAAGUGGUCCAAACACGUCACGGUUGCAUCCAACGUCCCGAAGAGCCAGCGACAACUGAAGAAAGAGGCUAAGCUGAGAGCCAAAAAUCAACGGCAAGCGCAGAACGGAGUGGAUAAUGGAAAUGAAGCGAAAGAGGCGAUUGAGGAAGUGAUGGAGGAAGCAGCUGGAAGCACAAAGGAAUAA